CUUCACUCUUCACUCAGCCUCACCUCCCUCUUCUCCUCUCCAAGCUCUCUGCGGAGACAGAUCUGAGAGUUCCCGAGAUCCAGUCGUUGUCGGAUCUUCCUGUCGAUGAGGUUUGCGAGUUAGAACCCAGAUUUUUUCGUGAUUGUGAUGCCAUGAUGAGGAGCUUGCAAGGGAGGUUGGAAAUACUUGUCGUAUCUGUGCAUAUGGAGGGGGAUGCUCAGGUCGACCAGUAUGAUACUGAAGAAUUUAUGCCAAGGUCAACAAAGGAGCCAGCUGCAGUUACUCAACUGGGUGAGAGGCUGCACGAGCAAGAAAUUUCCACUGGGAAUGGUCACGGCGAAGGGCAGGCCAAGCAGAAUAGAUGCAGCGCCUGUGGUGUUGCAUUUGGAGAUGCUAAACAGUAUAGGGAGCACUUCAAAUCUGACUGGCACAAGCAUAACCUGAAGCGAAAGACGAGGCAGCUUCCUCCGUUGACUGCAGAGGAAUGCCUAGUUGAUUUGGAGUUGGGCGAUUCCAAGGCAGAUCUCAAGGGAGAUGCGGUGCCAGAGGAGCUGUUCUAUGAGUCCUUUGACGAGUUGUUUGAGGGGCGGUGGAUCGUUUCCAACAAGGCGGACUACCAAGAUCUAGAAAUGACGAACAAGAAGCAUGAGGGAUUAGGGAAUCUGCAAGCUCUGAUCCAUCAAUGGUUUGGGAUCAGCCGAAAUCUGGCCAUUUCCAACUAAACAAGGAGAUGAUUGAUACUUUGUUUGGCAGAAAGACAACAAUGGCCACAAAGGGGAUUGCUGGUGGUCCAUUAGAUCCUUCCUUAGCCCAAGAAAGCAGGAUCCUUGAUCCUAACAAAUCUCAGAACAUUUCAAAUUUGCUAAAGGAUUUUAAUUUGACGAAAGAAAAUGUCUGUGAGGCUAUCUUAGAAGGCAUCAAACCACCCUUUGACAUGUGCAACUGGAAAUUCUAUUAAGUCUAUGUUCUAUCUGUUUGCC